AUGACGUCAUUUCGUGGUGCCGUUAGGCGUUCCGUCCAGUCCUCAACGAUUAGGCUAACGGGGAUCAUUGCCAUAGCCCAUUUGUUACACCAUGGAUUUACAGAGGCCACUACAACAUUUAUGAACUUGUCAGAACCCAAAGGAACAAGUGGCAACGGAGAUAUUAUCGAUUGUGUUAAUAUCUACAAACAAAUCAGUUUCGACAAUCCAUUGAUUAAGAGCUCGCAACUCAAUCUUAACUUGGAGAAGCAGAUGAAAAGGUAUAACUCUUUCCCCAAGAAUAAGCUUGUCCAGGACUGGCAUAAAAAUGGAGAAUGCCCAUUUCAAACAGUCCCUAUUAUAAGAUCCCUUAGACGUCAUACUAAGACGUUUCAGCAGAAACUUUCAGCCAUCAAGUUCGGAGACAAUAAGAAUCGUGAUCAUGCGGUGGUAUGGGAUAAGGAAGGAGCAUACUUAGGAGCUUCUGCAAAAUUCAGUGUUUCGAAUCCUCAAACUCAGCCAAAUGAUUUCAGUUUAGUGCAAAUUCGGCUCUUAAACGGGAUGGACACACGUCGAUUAAACUCUAUUCAAGCCGGUUGGACAGAGUAUGCAACAGGAGACUGGUGGCUGGAAUUAGACAAUAUACUUAUAGGAUACUGGCCUCGUAUAAUUUUCAGCCAUUAUCUCAACGAUAUUAAUUCAACAAUCAGCAAAAUUUCAUGGGGCGGAGAAGUCUAUUACGAAGAUGACUCAGAUCAACACACGGGUACUCAGAUGGGAAAUGGUCUAUUUCCUGGAAAAGGUCCCAUAAGAGCUAGUCAUGUCCGCAAUCUUCGAGUCAUCAUGAAGAAGAAAUGGAGUAGUCCUGGCUGGUUUCUUUCUGAGUUCUUAGGAAAAGAAACUAUGUUAGCACUUGUAUGCAAGAAUUGUGAAGGUGUUAAAGCUCUAGAAACUUAUGAUAAAGAAGUCGGUAGGGACACGAUGUCUAUGCUAAUUCGAUAA